CAGUUUGAUUCCAGUCUGUCUUGGUUUGAAAGUGACCAAUCACAUCAUAAGCAAGACUUCUAAAGAGGAUUUUCACACAUCCAUUGCUUCAGAUAUGAUCUUUUGGGUCAUUUUGAUGUGUUGGGCACCUGGAGUCCAGUCUAAUCACAGUGCUGAAAUUGUCUCAUUGCAAACAUUUCAGCUGGGAGAUGAUGUUAUCAUCAAAUGCUUAUCUACAAAAAUUAGUUUGAGCAGCACAUUGGUUUGGUAUAAACAGAGCACUGGACAUGUCCCAAGGGCAAUCACAAUAUCAUACAAUCAACUGGAUAAUGUCAAGUUUAAAGAUGAGUUUAAAGAUGGAAGAUUCAGUAUUUUACCAAGUAAAGACUCUUUUCACCUCAAGAUCACAGCUACCACCAAGCAGGACACUGGAAUAUACUACUGCGGGACGGUGUUCUUAAAUUUACUACGAUUUAUCUCUGGAGCACAUCUGAUGCUACAAGGAACUGAGUCCAAAGAUGGUAAUAUGGAUUAUGGAAAAAUACCAGUUAUGAAUGGAACCACCAUUAAAAUUGCUGACAGCAAUAGCCAAAACGUAUGGAAUCCUAUGUUACUUUGUUUGAUAUCCUCGACUUUUAUUGUGCUGAUAAUUAUCACACUCACUGCUGAUCACUGCAAACUCUGGAGAAAAAGGCAAAAAGGACCAAUUGAAGUUGCAUCUUUGUUAAACAAGAUUGGAAAUUCACAUGAGAAUUACACAGCUGUGAGUUUUGCCUCCAUCUCUUCAGCAAGGCGAUCAAACAACAAACAUCUGUCAAGAGAUCAGAAUAUGGUUUAGAAUAUUCUCUUCAUGAAUGUUUCUGACUUACUGUUAAAAAGUGCAUAUAUCGUGACAUUUCAAAAGCAUAAUUUAGAGCAAAUGUAAGAACAAAAGAGUUCAUCUUACUUUUGUGUGUUCUGUAAAAAUAAUUUCAAGUGAAAAGAAAAACCCUUAGACAAUAAAACGUAGAAUCUGAUCAAACAACUACAUUUGUGGGGUUUAUUCAUAAACUAAUUUGGCGAGGAUAACAUGCUUAUGAUUGAACACAGCUAGUCAUGCAUUAGCCAAUUCAUGAUCCUCCAAUCAGACGAUUCCUUAGUCAAUAUAAAUACCCUAAGUUUCUUAUCACAGUCAUGUUUGUUUAGAAGAAUCCCCUCCCCCUCUCCUUUCCUAGAUGGGUGGCACGGUGGCCCAGUGGUUAGCACUGUCGCCUCACAGCAAGAAUGUCACUGGUUUACAUGUUCUGCUCAUGCUCACGUGGGUUUCCUUCAAUGCCCCCCGGUUUCCUCCCACUGUCCAAAAACACACAACUUCAAAGUCAAUUGACUAAAUCCAAAUGACAAUAUGUAUAUUAUUGUAUGUAAAUGCUCCUGUUUGUUGACUUGUUGGCUGAUUGUGAUGGUUGACUGCAGGUGCUGUGUAGAGCUGUUUCACUAUUUCUCAAGUACUUCCAUUUGUAAUGCUUCACC